AUGUCCCGGUUGAGCUAUAUUUGUUUUUGCAAGGCAGCGGCGUUUGCUUCAGUCUUGGUGUUCGGCUACAAGCUUGUAGACUAUGCUGUACUGCAAUACUUAACAACGUAUUUCACUGACUCAAGCAAUUAUAAUCUCGAGAAAGCUGCAACAUUUGUGAAUAGUCGGGAGGUGUUAUCAGCUUCAUUUGCUUUCAUCUACAUUCGGUAUGCUUUUCGGAGUCCCCUCACAGUCAUUAUUUGUUCAGCGGCCUUCUGCAUUUGUGGAUUGGUGGCUCUGUUCUUGACGACCUUAGCUCUAUUUAGAGAAAAGACUGACAUAUUCAACAUAAUUGGAGUGGUUCAUUUAGCAGCGGGUGAAGCUGGAUUGAAGACUUUCUUGAAGGCAUUUCUUGGUGAUCAGUUGAGAGCCCAUGAACCGAAUCACAACGAGAAUCAAGUAAAAGCUCGAAGGAGGAUGUGGUGGGUUGUUGCCUGGAUUUGUAGUGUAUUAGCCGCAUACUAUGUAAACGACACCCUAUGGCUAAAAACUCUCAUUAUUUCAGCAUCAAUUAUGGGGGUCACUCUGAUCUUGUUCUUAUUGGGUAUCUGUUUUUAUCAUUCCAAAGAAUCAGCUGACCGCGGCAGGCGACUAGCUAUUUUCCCCGUUCUCUGGGCCUCCAUACUGAAUCGGAACCUCGAUUAUCCUACUUCCCCAAGGCAGUUCUAUCGUAAUAAUGGAAAUCAAUUAUGUUUGUCACCUCCAAUCAAAAUCCUCAGAAGGCUAGACAAAUCUGCCAUUAGCGACCCUUCCUAUCGUAGCGCAGAUGACCAACGAAAAGCGGGAAGGCUUUGCACUGUGAAAGAAGUAGAGGAGAUAAAAUGCGUUUUUAGAAUGGUUCCCCUGUGGGUCAACUUCGUUGUUUUGGGUUUGUUAGUGUCAACAGCGAAUACCUUUUUUCCUGAGCAGGGAUACAACAUGAAUAAUUCAAAAUUCUAUAUUUUUGUGCUCAUAAUUCCAUCCGUUUUGGGAAAAAUCAAGGGCUUUCUGUCGAUUUUAUUUGUACCAAACUGGGAUGAAAAAACUAAGAAUCAAGUUAACAAAUGGAAAAUUUGGGCUGGAAUGGUGCUCUCUAUCUUCUGCUGUGCUGUUGCCUGGCGGGUUGAAGUUCACCGGUUGAAUAUAGUCAACAAAGAAGGAGGGAAUUCCGAUGAAAAUACUCCGAUGAGCGUCUUCUGGCUAGCUCCCCAGUUCUUCCUUUUAGGCCUUAUGCUGGUGCUUGCUACUGAUGGAUUGGAUGAAAUUGCGAUUGAACAGUUCGAGGAAUUGCCGAAGGAGUAUGUAACAACGAUCAAUGAGUUUGUCAUCGCAAUUGGAAGCUUCCUUAACAUAGUAUAUGUCCAUGCAAAUGGAAGCCGUUUCUCUAAAAGUUUGAACGAGAUUCAUCUGGACAAGCACUAUCACACAUUGACAGUGGUUAGUUUCAUCAAUUUUUGCAUCUAUUUAUUCAUUUCACCUAUCUAUACGGCGAUGAGGCGUAGAUGAGAUCUUACAAACAUCUGAUGAUUUAAUCAAAACUUUAUUAGCUAAUUAUGUUUUAUUCAUUUUUGGUUGAUCAGUCUGUUCAAUAUUUGUCCUUGUAACUUAGAUUCGCUUUUAACU